GUUUUCUUGGUAACAAUGACAUGUUUGUUUAGUUUGAAGGAGGAGUUCCCUGCCUGGUAUGAGAAGCUUGUUCUGGAAAUGGUUCACCAUAACACAGCCUCCUUAGAGAAGUUAGUAGAUAGUGCUUGGUUGGAGAUCAUGACCAAAUAUGCUGUGGGAGAAGAGUGUGACUUUGAGGUUGGGAAGGAAAAAAUGCUCAAGGUGAGGAUUGUGAAGAUUCAUCCUUUGGAGAAAGUGGAUGAAGAGGCCACUGAGAAGAAAUCUGAUGGCGCCUGUGAUUCUCCCUCAAGUGAUAAAGAGAAUUCUAGCCAAAUCGCUCAGGACCAUCAGAAGAAGGAGGCAAUUGUAAAAGAGGAUGAAGGAAGGAGAGAGAGUAUUAAUGACAGAGCACGUAGAUCUCCACGAAAACUUCCUACUUCACUAAAGAAAGGAGAAAGGAAAUGGGCUCCUAUCAUCAGUAAUGUGCCAGCAGACAGCUUGAUUCGUACAGAACGCCCACCAAAUAAGGAGAUACUUCGAUACUUUAUACGACAUAACGCAUUACGGGCUGGUACUGGUGAAAAUGCACCUUGGGUGGUAGAAGAUGAAUUAGUGAAGAAAUAUUCUCUGCCUAGCAAGUUCAAUGACUUUUUACUUGAUCCAUACAAGUACAUGACUCUCAACCCUUCUACUAAGAGGAAGAAUACUGGAUCUCCAGAUAGGAAGCCCUCAAAGAAAUCCAAGACAGACAACUCUUCUCUCAGUUCUCCGCUAAAUCCUAAGUUAUGGUGUCAUGUACACUUGAAGAAAUCUUUGAAUGGCUCGCCACUGAAAGUGAAGAACUCAAAGAAUUCCAGAUCUCCAGAAGAGCAUCUGGAAGAAGUGAUGAAGAUGAUGUCACCCAACAAGCUACAUGCUAACUUCCACAUUCCUAAGAAAGGCCCACCUGGCAAGAAAUCAGGAAAGCAUACUGACAAACCUUUGAAAGCAAAGGGCAGAAGCAAAGGUAUCCUGAAUGGACAGAAAUCCACAGGGAAUUCCAAAUCUCCCAAAAAGGGCUUGAAGACUCCUAAAACCAAAAUGAAGCAAAUGACUUUGUUGGACAUGGCCAAAGGCACUCAGAAGAUGACCCGAGCCCCACGGAAUUCUGGGGGGACACCUAGAUCGUCUAGUAAACCUCAUAAACAUCUGCCCCCUGCUGCCCUCCACCUUAUUGCCUACUACAAAGAAAACAAAGACAGGGAGGACAAGAAGAGCGCCCUGUCCUGUGUGAUCUCCAAAACAGCUCGCCUCCUCUCUAGCGAAGACAGAGCUCGUCUCCCAGAAGAAUUACGAAGUAUUGUUCAAAAACGCUUUGAGCUUCUAGAGCACAAAAAGAGGUGGGCUUCUAUGUCUGAAGAGCAGCGCAAGGAGUAUUUGAAAAAGAAACGAGAGGAGCUUAAAGAAAAGUUGAAGGAGAAAGCCAAGGAGCGGCGAGAGAAAGAAAUGCUUGAGAAACUAGAAAAACAGAAGCGGUACGAGGACCAAGAGUUAACUGGCAAAAACCUUCCAGCAUUUAGAUUGGUGGAUACCCCUGAAGGACUGCCCAACACACUCUUUGGGGAUGUGGCCAUGGUGGUGGAGUUCUUGAGCUGUUAUUCUGGGCUACUCUUGCCAGAUGCUCAGUAUCCUAUUACUGCUGUGUCCCUUAUGGAAGCCUUGAGUGCAGAAAAGGGUGGCUUUUUAUACCUGAAUAGAGUGUUGGUCAUCCUCUUACAGACCUUACUACAAGAUGAAAUAGCAGAAGACUAUGGUGAAUUGGGAAUGAAGCUGUCGGAAAUCCCUCUGACUCUACAUUCUGUUUCAGAGCUGGUGCGGCUCUGCUUGCGCAAAUCUGACGUUCAGGAAGAGAGUGAGGGCUCGGACACAGAUGACAAUAAAGAUUCAGCAUCAUUUGAGGACAAUGAGGUACAAGAUGAGUUCCUAGAAAAGCUAGAGACCUCUGAAUUUUUUGAACUAACAUCAGAAGAGAAACUACAGAUCCUGACAGCACUCUGCCACCGGAUUCUCAUGACUUACUCAGUGCAAGACCACAUGGAAACCAGGCAGCAGAUGUCUGCAGAGUUAUGGAAGGAACGGCUUGCUGUAUUGAAGGAGGAAAAUGAUAAGAAGAGAGCAGAGAAACAGAAACGGAAAGAAAUGGAAGCCAGAAAUAAAGAAAAUGGAAAAGAUCCGGAGAAUGGGUUAGGCAAAGUUGAUAGGAAGAAAGAAGUUGCGAAGUUUGAGCCCCAAGUCGAUAUGGAAGCUGAAGACAUGAUUAGUGCUGUGAAGAGCAGACGGCUGCUUGCCAUUCAGGCUAAGAAGGAGCGGGAAAUUCAGGAGAGAGAAAUGAAAGUGAAACUAGAACGCGAAGCUGAAGAAGAACGAAUACGAAAGCACAAGGCAGCUGCUGAGAAGGCUUUCCAGGAAGGGAUUGCCAAGGCAAAGCUAGUCAUGCGUAGGACUCCAAUCGGUACAGAUAGAAACCAUAAUAGAUACUGGCUCUUCUCAGAUGAAGUUCCAGGUUUGUUCAUUGAAAAAGGCUGGGUACAUGACAGCAUUGACUAUCGAUUUAACCAUCACCGAAAAGACCACGCAGACUCUCCUGAUGAGGAUUACUGUCCUCGUAGUAAGAAAGCAAACCUAGGCAAAAAUGUAAGCAUGAAUGCACAACAUGGACCAGCAACAGAAAUUGCUGUAGAGACCACCAUACCCAAACAAGGACAGAACCUAUGGUUUUUAUGUGAUAGUCAGAAGGAACUGGAUGAGUUGCUAAAUUGCCUUCACCCUCAGGGAAUAAGAGAAAGUCAGCUUAAAGAGAGACUGGAGAAGAGGUACCAGGACAUUAUUCAUUCUAUUCAUCUGGCCCGGAAGCCAAAUUUGGGUCUAAAGUCUUGUGAUGGCAACCAGGAGCUUCUAAACUUUCUUCGUAGUGAUCUCAUUGAAGUUGCAACAAGGUUACAAAAGGGAGGACUUGGUUAUGUGGAAGAAACAUCAGAAUUUGAAGCUCGGGUCAUCUCAUUAGAGAAACUGAAGGAUUUUGGGGAGUGUGUGAUUGCCCUUCAGGCCAGUGUCAUAAAGAAAUUUCUCCAAGGCUUCAUGGCUCCCAAGCAAAAGAGAAGAAAACUCCAGAGCGAAGAUUCAGCAAAGACUGAAGAGGUGGAUGAAGAGAAAAAAAUGGCAGAGGAAGCAAAGGUCGCAUCUGCUCUGGAAAAAUGGAAGACAGCAAUCCGUGAAGCUCAGACUUUUUCCAGAAUGCAUGUUCUGCUUGGGAUGCUUGAUGCCUGUAUCAAAUGGGACAUGUCAGCAGAAAAUGCUAGAUGCAAAGUUUGUCGAAAGAAAGGUGAGGAUGACAAGCUGAUCUUGUGUGACGAGUGUAAUAAAGCCUUCCACCUGUUUUGUCUGAGGCCCGCCCUCUAUGAAGUACCAGAUGGUGAGUGGCAGUGCCCAGCCUGCCAGCCUGCUACUGCCAGGCGCAACUCCCGUGGCAGGAAUUACACUGAAGAGUCUGCCUCUGAGGACAGCGAAGGUGAUGAGAGCGAUGAAGAGGAAGAAGAAGAGGAGGAGGAGGAGGAGGAGGACUAUGAGGUGGCUGGUUUGCGAUUGAGACCUCGAAAAACUAUCCGGAGUAAGCAGGGUGUCAUCCCCCCUGCAGCAAGGCCAGCCCGACGACCAGGUAAGAAGCCGCAUCCUGCCAGGAGGUCCCGGCCCAAGGCACCACCUGUGGAAGAUGCCGAGGUUGAUGAGCUGGUGCUUCAGACCAAGCGGAGCUCCCGGAGGCAGAGCCUGGAGUUGCAGAAGUGUGAAGAGAUCCUCCACAAGAUAGUGAAGUACCGCUUCAGCUGGCCCUUCAGGGAGCCUGUGACCAGAGACGAAGCUGAGGACUACUAUGAUGUGAUCUCCCAUCCCAUGGACUUCCAGACAAUGCAGAACAAGUGUUCCUGUGGGAGCUACCGCUCUGUGCAGGAGUUUCUUAUUGACAUGAAGCAAGUGUUUACCAACGCUGAGCUUUACAACUGCCGAGGCAGCCAUGUGCUAAACUGCAUGGUGAAGACAGAACAGUGUCUGGUGGCUCUGUUGCAUAAACACCUUCCUGGCCACCCAUAUGUCCGUAGGAAACGCAAGAAGUUUCCUGAUCGGCUUGCUGAAGAUGAAGGGGACAGUGAGCCAGAGCCCAUUGGACAGUCCAGGGGACGAAGACAGAAGAAGUAGAGAGGCAGGGCUGGUAAGGGAGCUGAGGCUGGGGGAAUCGAGGGAGAGAGCAGGGAGGGUGGGAGGGAGAUGAGAGAGGAAGCUGGAGAAUGCGGAAGGGAGGAGGUCCCUGGGAGCCCAGGAAUGCCUUCAUCCCAGGCUCGGGCCCUGUUUCCCAAACUCUCCAUGGGCCUCAAUCGAGCAGAGCACUUUGGAGAGCCUCAUACUGGGUUGGUGGUCUUUGCCCAGAAAUACUGUGGGGGUAGAUGGCCUUAAACCCCCUUUCUGAGAGUUUUCUGGAAGAGUCCAAGGGUAUGGCUUUUCUUGUAAACCCAGUUCCUUUUCUUUCUUUUUUCCUAAGGUCCCUCCCACUUUGGCCACCACAACAGUGCCAAGCCCUCUGGUCUCCAGGGGAGGGAUUACUGUAUUACGUAGAAGGAUGAAUGGUAAUCAGGCCAACUGGGAAGGUGGUGUCGAUUUUUUUAACCUAUAUUUAUACACAGUCUUGUUUCUUUAAGCCCGUGCUCUGUCUCUCCCUCCCUCUUAGGUGACGGUAUCAGUGAGUGCCAUACAGAAUUCUGUAUUCACCAGCAUCAUGAAACAGUUGUGGUCUGUUGAGUUGAUCUUGGCAGAGUAAAGGGACAUGUUCUGCAGCCAUUCCUGAAUACCCUUACCCUUCUUUCUGACAGCUCCCUCCCUGCUCCCGCCCCCACCUCACCCCCUCAAAAAAACCUAAGGCACUUCACUCAGAGACUGGAGCCCUGCUUGUAACCGUGCAUAUAACCUUUACUUUGAUGGGUCUGGCCAGAGGGGUGUUGGAGCCUAGCCCACCCACAUACCAGACAAGCUCUUACGGGAGCAGAAGAAAAGCAGGAAGAAUUUAAAUGUUUAACUUUUUUUUUUAAAUUGACUUUUCUAGUUAUUAAUGGUUGCUUGUUUCAGCAGUGAUAUUGUAUAAAGAACAUCUUGUAAAAAUAUUUGUCAUCUUGCUUUGGCACAUGUACAGUACAAUUUAUAUGAUAACGUGUUUGCUUUACUUUACCGCAUCUCAGCCCAUCCUCUCUCCUUCAGAGAAGUUGGGUUGGAGCUCAUCAGGGCAGGCAGUGGAACCUGGUCAGGAUGGUCCCUCUGCCUGCCCUGGUGGCCGUUUCCGCCGCCCCGACCUGCAGCUGCCCCUGCCAUGCUGUUCUGGCCUCAGAGUUCCAGAAUCUCAGUGCUCUGUGUUGGGGGGAGGGAUGGGGAAUGGAGGGCAGGAGGAGGGGCGCAGCGGCCCCAUCCCACAGCGAGUCUAGUUAGUAGUUAUGUUUAGGGAAAACUUUGUAGUCUUCUUUCCUGUUUAUGGCAGAUUUUGAUAAAAAAAGCAAAACAGGGUUUAAUUUUCUUUUCUAUAAACUUUGAAUUUGGAAAUUUGGAGCACCUAAGCUCUUCUGUACCUUACUUAAGGGAAAAGAAAUCCACCAAGGGGAUUGCAGCUCACAGAACCUGAGAAUAAAGCCUCUUAAAGUGAAACUUCCAAGCUGUGGUCCCUGUCUCCCCAUCCUCCUUGCCUCCUUGGGAUUUGCUCCAGGGACUGCUGGAUAGGUUUACCGUCCUGGCUCCCGCAGGCUUGGGGUUAGCACUGACGUUACCAUUUCACAGUCCCAUCUGCCAGCACCUUCCCUGCCUUUUACCCUAGAGCCAGUCUGUUCUUGUUAACAGUGAGAAUUCCGUGUUCCCACUUCAGUGAUACCUGAGUUGUUUGUUGUUUUUUUAAACUGUCUUUACGGAGGAAGGGCCCCAUUAAAGGGUAAACUUGUAAUAAAUUGGAAUUUCAAAUAAACAUUAUGUACUUGUGUUUAUAAAGAA